AGAAGAGCUCUUCCCCUCCUCCCCGUUCAUCACCACAGGCUGGUAUCUGGUAACAUUGGCGCAAUAACACCAGGAGAGCGUCUUUUUCUGCGUGUGCUUUAAAGCUGCCUUUUACUGAGGUGAAGUUUAAAGGCAGGCAAAAUGUCGUCUUGGGUGAAAUCACCUGCGGGUGGUCGGCGGCCAUCCGGUAACCCGAACGGAAGUGCUCCACAGCCGCGUGUGUUUCGGAGGGCAGCUCCAUACCCAACCAGAGAGGAGAGGGCCGAAGAGCUCAAGGAUGCCCUGGACAGUUAUGAGGAACUAGAGCAAAUCCAAAACUACAGUGGAAGUGUGAAGUAUGAGGGCUACAAGCAUCAGCCAAAUGCCAAACCAGAGGGUGGCACUCCAGCAGACAGACGUAAAACGCUGUAUCAGAAGUUCUACAGACAGGUGCAGGAGGAGAGGAAGCCAGCCGACUGCGUGGUUCUCUCUGUUACCAAACAGUGCCUGGAUUACCCCAAAUCGCUAAGCCAGUGCUUGCAGGAGCGUGGCCUGUCAGUGGAAAUGCUCUACCUUCAAGCGGAAUCGGGCCUGACCCGGGCCCUGCAGGAUGUCCGAGCAGAAGGCUCCCCCUUAUGUAUUCUGGUGGAGCAGACAAACGUAGCUCUGUCCUCCUGCACUGUUAUCAUAUUCUCAGAAUCCCUCAAAAUCCAUCGAAACAUGCCCAAAGACCAGGCCAUGGACUUUGUUCAAGCAGAGUACAACCGCGGACUGGCUAAAGAGCGACCCCCGAGGGACCCUGCAGACAUUGCAGCCGAGGCGUCGCAGCUGCUCGAUGACUUUCUGGAUCGAGAAAAGAUCGCGCGCCACACCGUUCCCUCUGAAACACGUCAGCUCCUCGUGCUGUUAGCUGAGGGUGUGCAUCUGUACCCCGAGGAGUUGGAAACCAUCUCGGAGUACGUGCGCUCUCGGCAGGACCACAUACAAGCUUCCAACAGCGAGGGUGAGAAAGGGAUCAUGUUACCUCCAGGGUUAGGAAAACCACCUCCUCUGCUUCCGACUCCAUCUGGGCCACCGCAGCCUCAGCCUGCAUCUUUAACAGGGGGGCCCAUGGGAGACCACGCCUCACCUUCACCUGUACCCCUCUUGCCUUCACCAGUUGCUCAUCCCAAAACCAAACCUCCUCCGCUGCUCUCCUUGCAUCGUCUUCCUGGUCCGUCGUUAGGGGGCCCAAUAGUCCGAGGUCCCCUGUCAUCACACAUCCCUUACGGCGGUCCUGGUGUGCCUCGUGGGCCCCUGCUCCACCCUCCUCCUGUGUUCCACCCAGGCCCCAGAGGUCCCACUAGAGGAGCUCCUCCCACUCUAAAGAGCGCUCGCCCUCCACUUCUGUCGUCUCCAGGUGCUCCUCUUCUUCGUCAGAGUGUCCCCCGGCAUUAGGAAAUGACACACACACACACACACACACACACACACAGUCAAAGUUGCAGGUUAUGAACAGUGCUCAGUUCAUGUUAGAGCAGAAGCAUCCUUUUUUAUGUGUUAAUCUAAAUUUAGCUGGAAGAUAAGAAUGAAAGUUGAUGUUAUGUCUUCAUCUCACUGUGGGUGGUUUGAGUGAUAAUGUUAAGCCCCCCCCCCGGCAUCGGUGCCUUUUUUAUGUUUUGUCCGUCGGUUUGGAUGUUGGGGUCUGUGACUGUUGGUGACUGUUGCACAGGUCCUUCAGUUAGUUCGGUUGGCAGAUUGCACAGAAGUACAGCCACGCAGUAAUCAAUACCCAAUCACACGGCUGCAAUAGGAUGUCUUCUGUAUAUAAACGCCAGGAGCCUGCCUGCUUUGUACAGUUUUUCAACAUGGUGCGUUAAAUUUCUCAAAGUUUCUCUGGACGACAAAUAUUUCACUUUAUAAUGGUUUGUUCUUCGGAGCCGCAUUUCUGGUUCCAAUAUAACUUUAUUCAUGUGUAAUUUUAUUUGUGCCACAGAUAAAAGCAGUCACUCUGAAGGACUCUGUAUGAUGCAUGCAGUGUCUUCAUGGCAGAACACAAACACGUGUAUUUGUUUAAUUGCAUUUCCUGCACUGUGCACAGUGAAAUUGCUGCCAUGUACAGUACACUUCAGUAAAAUAAUCGUCCUUCUGACGUUGGAAAACUGUCAGCUUUGUUUUGUUACCCAGGCUUCUGACAGAGUCCUUAUAUCAAAGCACAAGACUAAGCUCCAACUAUUUCCCAGCAUAAAUGGAAGAAAUGUGACUCUCUUCAUUAUAAAUCCAGUGACCACAUAUUUUCUAAACGGCAGGUCUGACGUGAAUAAGAAAGCUCCACAGGUUUGGUUACACACUGUAGGUUUCAGCCUUUAAGCUUAAUAUCUGUUAAAUAUGUGAUGCAGGCAGAGCACACGAGUCUAGAACAAACAACUACGUAUCAUAUGUGGCGUUUUUUUUUUUUUUUUUUCAUUGUCAGUUUCUAGCACACUGUUGUUUUGUUGCUAAUAUUUAUUAGCAUUAUUGAAAAGCAUUUAUCUGGUUAAGAAGCCUUUUUCUGUUGGAGCCACGGGAGGCUGAGGCCUCAUAAAGACAAACACUUUGGUUCACUUUUGUAGAUACUGUAAAAAUGUUUCUUUUUCUUCACGUUUUUGAAUCACUGUAUGCUUUUUCCUUUGCUGUGUAGUGUGCUGAUGUUGAACAGGUUUGGAGUCCUGAUUAUAUUUUCAAAGAAAACAUUUAUAAAUGUUUUGAGACGUUUUUCUUUUAUUAUGAAUUUAAAUGAACAUCUUGAUACAAGUUCACCAAACAUCUUUCUGUAAAUCUGAGUCUGAAUAGAUGGUAGUGCUAAAAUUUCUAACAUGUACGUAUUGAUCAAAGUGCAAAUCUGUACAGUUUGAUCUAUUUAAGUGAAUAAAACAUAAAAGUGAA